AAAGGAAAAGGAGCUACAAGAGGAGAGAAGAGAAAAGGAACAAAUUAGAAAUGAACUACAGAAAUACUGUGAAAAUUCUGUAGAAAACAUUGGUUACUACCAAAUUCAGGGAAUAUUUUUCAUAAUUUCUGUUGAAUAUGACAUCAGGAGGCAGGGCUAAUUUAUCUCUUACUUUCUUGGAUAACUGUUGGAUUGUUCUGCACUUCUUCAUUAUCUUAUCACCACCUUCAUUUACUGUUGUGUCUACCCUACCAUCUGUCUUUACUGAUCCCUCUCCUGUUUCUGUUUUAGGAAUUUAUAUAUAAGUACUCACAUGGCUCGGGACAUGGCUAGAAAGCAGUCUUCCUCUUCUUCGUCUCCUGGUCUCCUCAAACUGGAGGAGCAGCUCACCUGUGAUGUGUGUCUUGGCUUUUUUAGCGACCCUAAGACUUUACCUUGUCUACAUUCAUUCUGUCAGCACUGUCUGGAGGCAUUACCUCGAGAUAAGAAGAAUGAGGAUCACAUAUUUUGUCCCACUUGUCGUCAUCAUACAGAGUUGCCAAAAGAAGGAGUAGGAGCCUUUCCUGUAGCAUUCCACCUCAACAACCUCCAAGAGACCUACAAUCUAAUGAAGGACGCUGCAGUAUUUUCACCUGCUCCUCAAGAGGACACAUGUAACGAUCAUGGUAAACCAUUGGAUGUUUUCUGUGAAGCGUGUAAUACAGUAAUCUGUGUUACCUGCUUAGCUCAUAAUCACAAACAUCACGAAUACAACUUAGUCGCUGACAGUUAUACGAAACAUUGUGAAAGUUUACGAGAGUGUCUAUCAUCAGUUGAGGGAAAGAAGGAAGCACUCAAGAAGGUCAUGUCUGCUUUAACGAAGAGAGAGGGUGAGAUCAGAGAGAGAGGAGAAGAAGUCUUAGAAGAAAUACAUGAAAUGGUAGAGGAAAUGACGAAUGUUCUUCGUCAGUCAGAAAGGAAACUGACUGAGCAGGCAAAAAAGGUCACAGAUGCUAAACUGAAGGUGCUGUCUGAGCAGAUGAAGUCAGCAGAAAAGAGUCUGAGUCUUCUGGAGGAUGUUGCAAAUGAUGUGGAACAGAGUCUGAAGGCAAGCAUUCCUCAACAAGUCCUGAGGUCUAAGAAACAGAUGAUGGAGCGUAUGAGUGAAGUUACUACAGGGAUCAAUGUAGAGAAGUUACAUCCAAAGGAAAAGGCCAACUUUGUAUUGAGUAAAGAUAUCAAAUUGCUUCAUCAUAUUGGAGAUAUUGUGACCUACUCAUCUACUGCACUCCAGCAGUGUAGAGUGAAGAAAGUUGGUUGCUUUGAACGUCUUCCAAAAGAAAAAAAUGUUUCAUUUUUACUAUCAAUAGAGGCACCUGAUUCAUCUCUUUUGUCUGUUCCCCUCUCUUCUCUGAGGUGUAGCCUAUUAUCAGUUAGUGAAGGUCAUCAACCAAUUCACACUAUAGUCACUACCACCAGCACUGAUCCUGGAGUGUAUAGGAUACAGUGUAGCCCUUCAGCCAGUAGGUAUCACACGGUAAAAGCACAAAUAGAUGAUGUACAAACUGAGGAUGUCUCACUAGUUGUCCCUAUCAAUCCUUACCUUAAGAACAUUGCUCCUUUACAUAUUAUAGAUGAGCUACAUGGUCCCUGGGGAGUUGCUGUUUGUAAUCAUAGUAAUUGUGUGAUAGUAACUGAAAAUCUUGGUCAGUGUAUAACAAUACUGGACAGAGACGGAAAGAAAGUGAAAUCGCUAGGAGGGAAAGGAGGAAGUGGCGAUGUCAAAUUUUCUUUUCCUCGUGGUUUAGCCAUUACUCCGGAUAAAUUCAUUCUUGUGUCUGACAAUCAUAGAAUCCAGAAGAUAAGCAUGGAUGGGUACCUUAAGGCAUCAGUUGGUGAGGAGGGUAAUGGACCGUUACAAUUUAAUACUCCAUACGGUAUAGCCAUUUCUCCAAUAACAGGGCAAGUUUAUGUUGCUGAUAAGAGUAAUCAUCGUAUUCAAGUCUUGAAUCCUGAUCUAACCUUUUCUCAUUCGUUUGGCAGUGAAGGAUCAGCUAAUGGACAGUUUUCAUACCCUGUAGGCAUUGCUAUUGAUGAUCAAGAAUUUGUAUAUGUUACUGACUUUAAGAACCAUCGCAUCCAGAAGUUUUCGUCAGACGGAGAGUUUUUGGACAAGUUUGGUAUCAGAGGUUCUGGCCCUGGUCAGCUAAAUAGGCCUCAUGGUAUAGCAAUAGACACUGGAGCUACUGGUCUAGUAUAUGCUGUUGAAUGGGCCAAUAAUCGUAUCUCUGUCUUUACUAAUAAGGGCGAGUUUGUCAAUAGCUUUGGAAGUGAAGGUAGUAGCAUUGAUCAGUUUAGUGCUCCUUACGGUUUAACAUUUGAUAAAGAUGGAUUCUUGUAUGUCUGUGAUUACAAUAUGAGCAGAAUUGUUGUUUAUUGAGAUAAUUUUUUUUGUUAUAUUAGAUUUAAUAAUUUUUUUGGUCUGGUUUACUGUUAUCACUAAGUGUAAAGUUAAUACAUUAUUGUAACUACAGCCUAUUUGAUUAUA